CUGUGUGAAGGGUACUUCACAUGCACAUAAAGCCAUUAGAUCUCACCGACAUGCAAUCAAAAUAAGGUUUUGCUUUAAACCUAGAUGGACCAUAAAUGUUUUAAGUACACUUAAGGAAAAUGUUUGUCAGUAAAUGGUUUUCUUUCAUUCUGCUCAUUUUUUGUGGUGCGCUUACUGGUGCUGAGAAAGAUGGAAUCAAGACAAUAUCGGUGAUGAAGGGAGAUUCUGUAACUUUACCUACUGGUGUUAGUGAAAUUAACAGAUAUAUGCAGAUACUGUGGCUAUUUGGACCUGAGAAUCCAGACACUCUCGUUGCUGAAAUCUAUAAGACGAGCAUCUCUAUAUAUGACAGUUAUAAGGGGCUUGACAGAUUGCAGAUGGACCAGCAGACUGGAUCUCUCACCAUCAGAAACAUCACAACCACUCACUCAGGACUCUAUACGGCACAGAUUAUGACUGCAAUGGCCACAUAUAAAAGAUUCAAGGUUAUUGUUUAUGCACCGGUCACAUUGCCUGUCAUUGAAAGCAGUGAGUGUCAGAUAUCUGUGUUGCAGAAAUGUGCCGCUGCUUGUUUUGGGUUUUCCUGUGAGGUCUGUACAUUGAAGUGUUCAACUGAAAAUGGACCAGGAGUCUCUCUGUCAUGGUAUAUAGGGAGCGAAAGACUGAAUCAGACCAGCAGCUCUGAGCUCAACGUCAAUCUCUCUCUCCCGCUGGAGAUAAAAGAGAGAAACAUUGACAUGUAUCAAUGUGUGGCUGCUAAUCCAGUCAGCAACCAGACAACACAAUUCAGCUUCCAGGAGCACUGUCCACCAUAUACAGAUUCCAGUCACUUUUGUGGUUUUACUGAAGCUGUGAUCCGAUUGGUUAUCUCUGCUCUGGUGGGCGUGGCUGCUGUUGCUAUGCUGGUUUAUGACUUCAGAUCUUGAAGAGGAGUUGAUGCCAGUCCCCAAUGAAUGUCUGAGUGAAAUGUGUAACCUUAAAUAAACUGCUCACAAUAAUAA